AUGUUCUGGAAUGGAAAAGCUCGGCGUUUAUCCUAUAAAAAGCUUUGUUUUGCAGUAUUCGGUUUUACUACCUUAGUGAUUUACACAAUUCUAUUUAAUAAUUGCGUACUUAGUAAAGUUCAUGGUGUUUUUUCUGCUGAACCAUUAUUAUUUGAUAGGGAUACUUUUAAUAAAAAGGCUAAAAAUACUGCCAGUGGUUAUAAUGGAGAAACCCAUGUUAGACUGAUACCACUAAUUACAUGGAGUAAUAACACUAAGUAUCGAUUUAUAAGCAAAAACAGCCUUAAACCCAUAAGGAGAUUGCCUGAUGCUCUUGUAAUUGGGGUUAAGAAAUCUGGUACACGCGCUUUGUUGGAAUUUCUGAGGUUACAUCCUGAUGUGCGUGCUGCUGGUUCUGAAGUUCAUUUUUUUGACAAAUAUUAUCAUAAAGGAUUUAAUUGGUAUAGAAAGAAAAUGCCCCCUACACUCGAAGGCCAAGUUACAAUGGAGAAAACACCUAGCUAUUUUGUUACAAAAGAAGUUCCUCAACGUGUGAAACAAAUGAACCCUAGCACAAAGCUUCUUAUAGUUGUUCGCGAUCCAGUCACACGAGCUAUUUCUGAUUAUACUCAAGCAGCUAGCAAAAAGAAGAAUCGCAGUUUUAUGCAAAGUUUUGAAUGUUUAGCUUUUGUGAAAGGUACAGGAUUUAGUGUUGUUGAUACUAGCUGGGGCCCAGUUCGAAUAGGAGUUUAUGCAAGACAUUUAACUAAGUGGUUGAAGUAUUUCCCAUUAAAACAACUUUUGUUUGUUAGUGGAGAAAGACUGAUAAGAGAUCCAGCUGCAGAAAUGGCUCGAGUUCAAGAUUUUCUCGGACUGAAGAGAGUUGUCACAGAAAAGCAUUUUUAUUUUAAUUCAACAAAAGGUUUUCCGUGCCUGAUGAAAUCCGAAGGUCGUCCAAGACCUCACUGUCUUGGAAAAACUAAGGGACGUAAUCAUCCAUACAUAAAUCAAAAAGCUAUUGAAAGACUCAAAGAAUUUUAUAGACCAUUUAACCUGAGAUUUUAUCAAAUGACUGGUAUUAAUUUUGGUUGGUCAUAA